AUGCUGCAGGCUGUCCAAGAAAUCCGCAAGACUCUUGGCGAAGACUCAGUGAGCACUGAUGAUGAGAUCUUGCUUGCACACGGGUACUCUGAAUGGUCGACCGUCAACGUUGACCGGCUGCCAGUCGCCGUUGUCUUCCCCCAGAAUACCGAAGAGGUCUCAAAGAUUGCCAAGAUAUGCUCCAAGUAUAGCGUCCCCAUAAUCCCCUUCUCGGGUGGCUCAAGCGUGGAAGGCCACUUCUCUGCUCCUUAUGGCGGUGUGAGCGUAGACUUCUCAUACAUGAACCGCAUUGUCGAGUUCCACGCCGAAGAUAUGGAUGUCCAGGUACAGCCGGGGUUGUCAUGGAUGGAUUUGAACAAGGAGAUUGAACAUAGCGGUCUAUUCUUUCCGGUUGACCCAGGCCCAUCCGCAACUAUUGACAUUUCACAGGCACAAAUAGGUGGGAUGGUUGGCACAAACUGCAGUGGCACGAACGCCGUCCGUUACGGCACCAUGAAAGACUGGGUGGUCAAUUUGACAGUGGUGUUGGCGGACGGGACGAUUGUGAAGACCAAGAGGCGACCCAGGAAAUCGUCGGCUGGCUACAACCUGAAUUCCCUGUUUGUCGGUUCCGAGGGCACUUUGGGACUUGUCACUGAGGCGACGCUCAAACUAGCCCCGCUUCCAACGCAUACCGGAGUGGCUGUCGUUGCUUUCCCCACCAUUGCUGUUGCUGCAAAGAUGGCAGUCGAGGUCAUUCAGAAGGGUGUGGUCGUGGGAGCAAUCGAGAUCCUCGACGACGUCAUGAUGAAGGUGAUCAACACCAUUGGCGCGACCGGCAGGACGUGGAAGGAGCAGCCGACGCUGUUUAUCAAGUUUACUGGCGAUGAGGAAAUGGUUGAGCAUAGCAUCAACCGGGUGAGAUGCAUCGCCGAAAAGUAUGGUAGCCCACACAUGGAGUUCGAAAUCGACAAAGAAAAACAAGAAGAGCUGUGGUCGGCGCGGAAGGAAGCGUUGUGGAGCAUGCUCGCGCUCCGGAAGAGCGGAAAUGACACAUGGACAACGGACAUUGCUGUUCCCUUGUCUCGGAUUGCCGAGUUGAUUGAACUAUCAAAGAAAGACUUGGCGCAGACCGGCCUGUUUGGCAGCAUACUUGGCCACGUUGGGGACGGCAAUUUCCACCAGGUCAUCCUCUACGAUGGCGACGCAGAGAGGGUGCGUGUUGAGAAAUGCGCAAAGGACAUGGUAUAUCGUGCCCUCGAAAUGGAGGGAACUUGCACGGGUGAACAUGGCGUUGGGUUGGGCAAGAUUGAAUCCCUUCAAGCGGAGUUGGGAGACGUUCCUAUCACGAUCAUGAAAAACAUCAAGAGGAGCUUGGAUCCGCAGUGGCUAAUGAAUCCGGGCAAGAUCUUUCACCGUGAGUAAAGGUAGAGGCCGGAGGAUUAUGUUCUCGAUGAGAAUUAUUCUGGCCUAGUUUAGUACCAUUGUUCGUGUUCUUUGAUGUGAGAAGUCGGAGUUUA